UGAAAAUUUAUUUAUUAUUUAAAAAAUCAUUCCCAAUUACAAAUUUUGAGAAGCUGAAGAAGUCCCCAAAACUCACAAAGCCUAGAAACAGUACAUAUUCUUUUAUCUACAAACCGCCCAACACACCUCUGUAGUAUUUAUACUAAAUGUGUAUGAUUUGUAGUCCUGAGACAUGUUAAUGUUAUACAACAUUAAUCUGAAAUGAAGGCGUUCAUAGGAACAAUUCAAAUGCAUUUUUAAAAUCACUGCCACAUUGUAUUGAGCCACAUAACUGUGUAACCAGAUUCCUCUGAUACUACAACAUUGACUUAUUGAUGAAUAUGUGUAGGAGUUUUGUCACUAGAACACUUGCUUCUUCAAGCAUUUUACUGCGUUGGUGGCAAUUUUGCGUACCAUUUUGCUGGAACCACCAGAUUUCCUCAAGAAAGACAAAUCAAUCACUCUAAGAAGAAGCUGCAGUCCAGCACAUGGGAUGCAUAGUGUGUGGCUUCACUUCACACUGUACCACCACCAAUUUCACAAACAUGAAAAUGUUGAUCAAUUCUAUUUUACAUAAUUGCCAUCAGAAAAGAAACCAGUGUAUGGUGUGAUUGCAAUUAUAUCCAUCAAUCUCAACCUUUUUCCUAAUGGGAGAGAAUUCUUGUUUUGGUCAGGCCUAUAUGAGAACCAGAUCCUUUGGAUGAGUUUCUGCAGACUAGCUUCUGCUCUGGGCCUGGAGUCUUAUUUUCCCCUGACCUACCUCAUAUAGCCAGCAGUAGGCGCUGUAGAACAUAUUUACAUCGCAAUACAACUUGACCUGGGGGUGGGGGCAUGGUCCUGGGUGAUUGCAGAUGACUUGUCUAUACAAGGAAGUGACUGUGAGUGACCGAACUACAUUCCACUAAGCCCAAAUUAAGUGUUUCCUCAACUCAGCUUUCACUGAGCUGGAUAGUGCAAAUGCCCACAGUCAUUCAAACAAACAUAACCCAACUAAAGGAAAGUCGAAGAAGUCAGCAAGCAGAGACAGGGGACUUCACUCAUUGUGAUUGAACUAUCUGACUUUUGUAAAUUUUACAAAAACACUUGAUGUAGGGACUCCCUGGAAAGGGAGGGGUCCAUGCAAGAGGGAGGACCUAAAACAUUAUCAACUUCACAGUAAACCUGUCCCUUUCCCAGAGCCAUGAGCAAGUAAGGUGUGGGGCGUGGGGGCCCAGAGAUUACCUUAUUAGUGACCUAGCCCAAAGGCAGCAGGCUUGGAAACAUGAGCCGACCCCUAUCUCAGGCUCCCAGAGCCUCCGGAGGCCCAGCCAAGCAGGGCUGAUGCUUCUGUCCUCCUAGGAUUGCUCUGAAGUCAAAGAGAAGGUUUGCCACAGUCUUGGCCAAUCAGACCACUGUACAAACCCAGCUGCCCUUCCUUUGUCCCCUAGCUGGGUUCACAGCAUCCUGGUCCUCUUGGGUCCAGAAGCUCUUCUGUUGGUACAGGUCUGCCUCUUUAAAGCAGAAGGAUAUGCUGCAGCCCCUAAUGGAAUGAGCUGAGAUCAGGGUAAUCCUGCUGAGGUCACUGCCCACACCUUCUGCUCACCCCCCUCUCUGCUGUCAGACAGGGAUUAGAGGAGAGGCCAGAGGAUUAGAGAGGCCCAUUUUGUCACAACCUCUCCAGGAGGCCUGCUGUCAGGUGUGCUCCUCUGUAGUCGUGGGGCAGCCCUCCCCUACCAGGAUCCAGCUGAGAGGCUGAGCCCUCUAGGCUUGCAGGGUCCUGCAGUCCCAAGGCUCUGGACCUCCCAGAGAUCUGGGAGGCAGGCCAGAGAGCUGAUGGGCUGGGGCUGCUCUUUCCUCUCCCCCUAUCCUGACCCCAGCAGGAUCACCAUGCCUGGGCUACCCAGGUUCUACUCCAACCCUGGCUCCACACACAACUGGGCCCCCUGCCAUCAGCAGCCAGGAGCCUGGGCCUUCCUGCAGAAGACCACAGUCAUCCUGUGGCUGCUGCUGUCCAGCACUUCUCUGGCCCCCACAUGGGGUCAGACCAAGAUUCCUCUGGAAACAGUGAAGCUGUGGGCAGAAACCUUUGGCCGGGGCCUCUACGACACCGUGACCAGAUACUCCGGCUCCCUCUUGCUGCAGAAGAAAUACAAGGAUGUGGAGUCCAGUCUGCAGAUCGAGGAGGUGGAUGGCCUGGAGCUGGUGAGGAAGUUCUCGGAGGACAUGAAGAACAUGCUACGCAGGAAGGUCGAAGCUGUCAAGAAUCUGGUGGAGGCUGCUGAAGAGGCAGACCUGAACCAUGAGUUCAACGCAUCUCUGGUGUUUGACUACUACAACUCAGUCUUGAUCAAUGAGAAGGAUGAGAAUGGCAACUAUGUGGAGCUGGGAGCCGAGUUUGUCCUGGAGUCCAACGCACACUUCAGCAACCUGCGUGUGAACACCUCCAUCAGCAACGUGCAGCUGCCCACCAACGUGUACAACAAAGAUCCAGAUAUUUUAAAUGGAGUCUACAUGUCUGAAGCCCUGAACCCUGUUUUUGUGGAGAAUUUUCAGAGAGACCCUACACUGACCUGGCAGUAUUUUGGCAGCGCAACUGGAUUCUUCAGGAUCUAUCCAGGUAUAAAAUGGACACCGGAUGAGAAUGGAGUCAUUACCUUCGACUGUCGAAACCGUGGCUGGUACAUACAAGCUGCUACUUCUCCCAAGGACAUAAUGAUCUUGGUGGACAUAAGUGGCAGCAUGAAGGGGCUGAGGAUGGCUAUUGCCAAGCACACCAUCAUCACCAUCUUGGACACCCUGGGAGAGAAUGACUUUGUUAAUAUCAUUGCGUACAAUGACUACGUUCACUAUAUUGAGCCCUGUUUUAAAGGGAUCCUGGUCCAGGCAGAUCGAGACAACCGAGAGCAUUUCAAACAGCUGGUGGAAGAGCUGGUGGUCAAAGGUGUGGGGGUCGUGGACCAGGCCCUGAAUGAGGCCUUCCAGAUCCUGAAGAAGUUCCAAGAGGCCCGGCAAGGAAGUGUCUGCAACCAAGCCAUCAUGCUGAUCACUGACGGGGCCGUGGAGGGCUAUGAGCCAAUAUUCCAGAAGUAUAACUGGCCGGAUCGCAAGGUCCGAGUUUUCACUUACCUUAUUGGGAGAGAAGUAUCUUUUGCUGACCGCUUGAAGUGGAUCGCCUGCAACAAUAAAGGCUACUACACGCAGAUCUCCACGCUGGCCGACGCCCAGGAGAACGUGAUGGAAUAUCUGCAUGUGCUGAGCCGCCCCAUGGUCAUUAACCAUGACCAUGACAUCAUCUGGACGGAGGCCUACAUGGACAGCAAGCUCUUUACCUCGAAGUCACAGAGCCUGAUGCUCCUCACUACCGUGGCCAUGCCUGUCUUCAGCAAAAAGAACGAGACAAGAUCCCAUGGCAUUCUCCUGGGUGUGGUGGGCUCCGAUGUAACCCUGAGAGAGCUGAUGAAGCUGGCACCCAGAUACAAGCUUGGGGUACACGGAUAUGCCUUUAUGAACACUAACAAUGGCUACAUCCUCUCACAUCCUGAUCUCCGACCCCUGUACAGAGAGGGGAAGAAAUUGAAACCCAAACCCAACUACAAUAGCGUGGAUCUGUCUGAAGUGGAGUGGGAAGACAAGGCUGAAAUCCUGAGAACGGCCAUGAUCAAUAGGGAGACAGGUUCUUUCACCAUGGACGUGAAGGCUCCGCUGGACAAAGGGAAGCGAGUUCUUUUCCUAACCAAUGACUACUUCUUCACAGACAUCAGUGACACGCCUUUCAGCUUGGGAGUGGUGCUGUCUCAGGGCCACGGGGAAUAUGUCCUCCUGGGGAACACAUCUGUGGAAGAAGGCCUGCACGACCUGCUUCACCCAGAUCUGACUGUGGCCAACGACUGGAUCUACUGCGUCACAGAUAUUGACCCAGACCACCGGAAGCUCAGCCAGCUGGAGGCCAUGGUCCGCUUCCUGACGGGGGAGGAUCCAGACCUGGAGUGUGAUGAAGAGCUGGUGCGGGAGGUGCUCUUUGACGCGGUGGUGACAGCCCCCAUGGAAGCCUACUGGACGGCGUUGGCUCUCAACAUCUCUGAUGAGUCAGAGCAAGGAGUGGACGUGGCCUUCCUGGGCACCCGGGCUGGCCUCCUCAGAAGCAGCUUAUUCGUGGGUUCCGAGAAGGUCUCCGACAGGAUGUUCCUGAUGCCUGAUGAUGAGACCAGUGUGUUCACGAUGAACAACUUCCCUCUGUGGUAUCGCCAGGCCUCCGAGCAGCCUGCUGGUAGCUUUGUCUUCAAUCUGCGCUGGGCAGAGGGACCAGACGGCCCCGGUGAACCAGUGGCAGUUACGGCCAGCACCGCUGUAACUGUGACGGUGGACAAGAAGACAGCCAUUGCAGCAGCGGUGGGAAUCCAAAUGAAGGUGGAAUUCCUCCAGCGCCAGUUCUGGGCAGCCACAGAGCAGUGCAGUGCUGUGGGUGAGCCAUGCCCAAAGAGCUGCGGGGACAGUGACCUGGACUGCUUCGUGGUGGACAACAAUGGCUUCAUUCUGAUCUCGGAGAGGUCGCAGGAGACGGGAAGAUUUCUGGGGGAGGUGGACGGCGCUGUCAUGACCCAGCUGCUCAACAUGGGGGCGUUCAACCAGGUGACUAUGUAUGACUACCAGGCCAUGUGCAAGCUUCCGGAUCACCACCACAGCGCAGCCCAGCCCCUGGCCAGCCCAAUCUCUGCCCUCCUGAUUGCAACCAAGUGGCUGAUGAGUGAGCUCUUGCUGCUCCUGCUGGAGUGGAGUGCCUGGGGCUCCUGGUAUGACAGAAUGGCAGAGGCCAAAACCGUCUUCCAUCACUCCCACAAGCAUAAGAAGCAGGAGCUGCUGCAUCCCUGCGACACAGAGUACCCCGUGUUUGUGCACCAGACAGCCAUUCAGGAGACCAACGGCAUCAUCGAGUGUGGGGCCUGCCAGAAGAUAUUUGUGAUGCAGCAGAUUCCCAAGACCAACCUGCUCCUGCUGGUGACAGAUCCCACCUGCGACUGCAGUGUCUUCCCGCCAGUCCUGCAGAAGGCCACAGAAGUCAAAUAUAAUGCCUCUGUCAAGUGCGACAGGAUGCGCUCUCAGAAGCCCCGCCGGAGACCCGAUUCCUGCCAUGCCUUUCAUCCAGAGGAGAACGCUCAGGACUGUGGCGGCGCCUCGGACACGUCGGCCUGGCUCCCCCUGCUCCUGCUGCCUCUGGGUGCCUGGGUGCUGCCACCUCAGCUUCUGCGGUGACACUCACUGCAAGGGGAUCCUUCCAGAGACAUUCUAAGAAGUCAGCCUCUGGUGUGGGACGCAGUUCACUACAGCUGGGUUACCUCCCGGGCCUGUGCUCAUCCUGCUUCCAGAGAUUGCUGGAAGAACAAGGGAACAAAGCCCCAGACGCCAUUUUCCAAAGACCCUCCAGGGUGCCUGGUACGGUUCACCCAGGCUCUGUGGGCAUCCUGCUAUGCUUCAUCUCUUCUCUUCAGGAGUCCAGCAUGAGCCGGACUUAGACCAAGACAAAAGAGUUAGUUCCACCUAUUCUGCAGAUCAGACCUGUUUCUAAUGAAGCAGGCUGAUCUUCAGAACCCACGGACCUACAGGUGCUGAGCAGGAGGAGCCGAGUGAGGCCAAGGGCAGGGAGGAGACUGAGGCAAGAGCAUGCCUGGCUGAAAAGGAGGAUGGAGCAUUUCCUAGAUGCUGCUGGUGUGUGUGUGUGUGUGAGAGAGAGAGAGAGAGAGAGGGGGAGGGGGGAAUAGUAAAAAGAAAGACCAAGAACAGGAUAGGAAUAUGUAUCAAACCCUUUUAGGAAACUAUCAACAUGCCUGUGUGUGAUGUCUUCAGACUGUUGCUGCUGGAGAACUUGUGAAAAAUUUGUUUGCUUGUUUGUUUCUUUUUAAAAAUUCCUAGCUAAAGGAAAUUUUGCAGCUAAUAAAAAGUCAGGCUGGACGCAGA